AGCACUGAUCGUAUUCGUAUGACCGGCGUCGGAAACGCGGAACGCUUUACACAACAGUGAUGGGUUUCGUGGAGAAUAUUCUUAUAAAUUACCGUUGGGUGUUUGUGUGCCUUUUUUUAUUACCCGUUUCAUUGUUUUAUAAUAUUUGGUUUUAUUGUAGAAAUUUGAUAGUAUUCAAAUUGAGCAGUGCACCAACACAGCAUCAAAAGAAACUGCAAUUUGUGCAGAAGCAGAUAAUUGAUUGGAAUAAUAAUGGUCGAGUGACAAAAAUGUGCACAGCUAGACCAGGAUGGCAAACAAUGUCCUUUAGACGCCCACUUUACAAAAAACAUAUGACAAAUAUAGAAGUUAAUUUGGUUGAUAUUUUAGAAGUAGAUGUUCAGAGGAGGAUAGUUAGAGUUGAACCUAUGGUAUCCAUGGGACAACUAACAGCUACCCUCAACCCUUUAGGAUGGACGAUUCCAAUUUUGCCCGAAAUUGAUGAUUUGACCGUUGGAGGCUUAGUUAUGGGAACUGGAAUAGAAUCAUCUUCUCAUAUUUAUGGAUUAUUUCAACAUAUUUGUAUCUCUUAUGAGUUAGUUUUAUGUGAUGGACGGAUUGUAAAAUGCUCUGCUGAAAACGAAUCGGAUUUAUAUUGGUCAGUUCCUUGGUCUUAUGGAACUUUAGGAAUCCUCACUGCCGUUGAAAUUAAAAUGAUCCCAGCCAAACAAUACAUACAAUUGGUUUAUGAACCGGUUUUUGGAAUAGAUAAUAUUGUUCAAAAAUUUUCAGAAGCUAGUAAUAAUAAACAAAAUGAAUUUGUUGAAGUUUUGAUUUAUAGUGAGAACGAGGCUGUAUUAAUGACCGGAGUACAAACUGACAGUCUCGAAUCAGAUAAAUUGAAUUCAAUUGGUAGGUGGUACAAACCAUGGUUCUUUAAAUAUGUUCAGGAAAAAUUGAAAAGUAAUACAAUAACCACUGAAUACAUACCACUAAGAGCUUAUUACCAUCGGCACACUCGAUCUUUAUUUUGGGAAUUACAGGACAUAAUCCCAUUUGGCAACAAUCUAGUCUUCAGAAUACUAUUUGGUUGGUUGGUUCCGCCAAAAGUGUCACUGCUUAAAUUAACUCAAACCAAAUCAACUAAGAAACUUUACGAAAACAAUCAUAUAAUUCAAGAUAUGUUAGUACCUGUAUCACAGUUAAAGAAGAGCCUUCAGAUAUUUCAAGAUUUAGUUAAUGUUUACCCUAUUUGGAUAUGCCCUUUUAUAUUACCUUAUAAUCCAGGAAUGGUGCAUCCGAAGAAUCAAAAUCAAUCAGAACUAUUCGUAGAUAUUGGAUUAUAUGGAACACCGAAUGUAAAAACAUUUAACCCUCGUGAAACUACUAGAAAUAUUGAAAGGCAUGUUAUUGAUUCUGAUGGAUUUCAAAUGAUGUAUGCUGAUACUUAUAUGACACGGGAAGAGUUUAGAAUGAUGUUCGAUCAUAGUUUAUACGAUGAAUUGCGAAAAAAAAUGAAUUGUGAACAAGCUUUUCCUGAAGUUUACGAUAAAGUGUCAAAAUCAGCAAGAUAUUGAAUGGUAUGUACCUAAUUAAUGGGAUAUCGUCAUCUACAAAAUAUUAUUACUGUUAAAGAUAGAUAUUAAAUAUCUCUAUUAUAUAUUUAUAAAAAAUGUAACCUAAUAAUAAUUAUUCUAAAAUAAUUAAGCCGUAAUUUAAAUCUCAUUUGUUUACUG